AUGAAUGCACGCCGGGCCCUGCUCUCCGCCGCCUUGCUCGCCAGCCUCCUCUGGGAUUUACCUUGCUGCCUCCCGGCUUCCCUCCCCGCCUCCUCAGAGCUCGCCGCCUCCUCCAGGGGCGGACGGGGCCGCAGGGUGCCGCGGUCCCCUCGGGAGAACCGCCCACGGCAAGGGGGACACGCCGUGGGCCGGGCGCUGCCACGGGCGGAACCCCACGAGUACAUGCUGUCUCUGUUCAGGACGUACUCCAUCGCGGAGAAACUGGGCAUCAACGCCAGCUUUUUUCAGUCGUCCAAAUCCGCCAACACCAUCACUAGUUUUGUAGACAGGGGACGAGACCCUCCCUUCCGUCCGCCCCCCCAGUCCCACCCCCGCGGGACCGUGCCCGUGUACCUGCCGGCGGCUGGCAGCGGCGUCCGGCAGCUGCCGGCAGCGGGGGAAGCACGCCCACCUUCCCGCUUCCCCGCCGUUUUAGGGCAAAACGCAGCGCCGGGAAAACCGCACGGCUGCCUGGAGCUCCAAGAGCCGCUCGCUUCCCAAACCAAACCGAACCCAGACCAACCCCCCCCGCCGUCUCCCGGGGCCGGCAGCCUCUCCUCCCCGCCCCGGUCCCCACGGCUCAGCCCCUUGCCCCAUCGCCACCCCCGGCUCGGGGGGCGUCCUCCCCCGCGGAGGCAGCUCGGCGGGGCUCUUCCCCUCCCGCCGCGGUGCCCGUCGCGGCCAGCUGGACUCGGGAGGGCGCGGGGGUUUGCGCACGGCAGCGCGGCGGGACGGGGAGGGCGGUCUGCGGGAAGCAAAGCCCGCAAGCGCUGCGAGACGCAGCCCCCGCGGCCGCUCCGCGGCGCAGGUAGCCCGGCGGCGAGGCAAGAUCUCGACCUGGCUGUUAGAAACCCCGGAUUUCACCCCAGCCGCUGCUCGGGUUUGAAGGAAAAACUGAAGGGGACAAGCCCCGAUCCGUGUCUGCUCCUCACACGGAGGGAGAGGGACAGCCAGGGUGUCCCCACGCCGUCGCCGCUGCCGCUCUUUGUGUGCUGGGAAGGCGGCAGCUUCGCUGGAACAAAGGGUCCCCAAACCAGACCCGUCUCUCCCCGGUUUGUGGAGGCUCCGGAGACUCCCCCCGCCACCCUCUUGAGAGGCAUGAGCUCGGCCGGCGGGCAGGCUCCGCCGUGGGCUGGCGUGGACUCCCAGUCCACGCUCCAUCUCCCUGUUGGCGUCUGGGGGAACACGCAGCAGCGCAGGGCGACUUUCGACCGGCACGGCAAGCGGCACGGCAAGAAGUCCCGCCUGCGCUGCAGCAAGAAGCCGCUGCACGUCAACUUCAAGGAGCUGGGCUGGGACGACUGGAUUAUCGCCCCGCUGGAGUACGAGGCCCACCACUGCGAGGGGGUCUGCGACUUCCCGCUGCGCUCCCACCUGGAGCCCACAAACCACGCCAUCAUCCAGACCCUCAUGAACUCCAUGGACCCCGGCUCCACGCCGCCCAGCUGCUGCGUCCCCACCAAACUGACUCCCAUCAGCAUCCUCUACAUCGACGCGGGCAACAACGUGGUGUACAAGCAGUACGAGGACAUGGUGGUGGAGUCCUGCGGCUGCAGGUAGCGGGCGGGACGCCCCUCGGCGCCGGCCGGGGCUGCGGC